GGCUGGAGCUAUAAUGAGAAACCCAUUGACUCCCAACGACCUCUCGCUCUCUCGUCAAUAAAUAAUCAUCCCAUAAGACAAAGAACCCCAGAGAUAAACCACCAAACUUUUUACACAGCUAAUCACAUAGCUCUUUGGUUUACCUCAUUCCUCUGUUUUUCCACAAUGUCUUGGAUUCAAUCUGUUCUCUUCCUAUUUCUUGUUUUCCGGUGGUGCAUCGCCGGAGAAUCAUCGUCGCCGGAGGUAACUGAUGACGGAGCUCCGAUGGAGAUAUCAGAAAGGGAAGCUCUUUACUCAACGAUUCAAGGGUUUGUUGGUGAUUCUUGGAAUGGCUCUGAUCUUUAUCCUGACCCUUGUGGUUGGACUCCUAUUCAGGGUGUUUCUUGUGAUCUCUAUGAUGACUUGUGGUAUGUCACGGAGCUAACCCUAGGUCUUGUUCAUGAAAACUCGCUUGCUUGCGCCGCAAGUUUGGAGAUAAAGCCACAGCUAUUCAAGCUCAAGCACUUGAAAUCUCUCUCGUUCGUCAAAUGUUUCACGUCUUCCUUAACAAUAUCCAAAGAAGAUUGGAUAAGCUUGGGAAGCAACUUAGAAUCUCUCGAGUUUAGAUCCAAUCCCGGUUUGAUUGGUGAACUUCCUGAAACAUUUGGAAGUCUCACAAACCUAAAGUCUUUGGUGGUUCUUGAAAAUGGGUUCAAUGGGAAGUUACCGACCAGGCUUUGCAAUCUAUCGAGCUUAAAACGGUUGGUUCUUGCGGGAAACUUGUUCACCGGAACGAUUCCAGAUUGUUUCAAUGGGUUUAAAAAUCUAUUGAUCUUGGAUUUGAGUAGAAACUCCUUCUCAGGGACAUUGCCUUCAACUAUUGGAGAGAUGGUUUCGUUGCUUAAGCUUGACCUAAGCAAUAACCAGCUAGAAGGGAAGUUACCACAAGGAAUUGGGUUUUUGAAGAAUCUGACACUGUUGGAUGUGAGGAACAACAGAAUCUCUGGUGGGUUUUCUCAAAACGUUGAAAAGAUUCGUUCCUUAACAGAUCUGGUUUUAUCAGGAAACCCAAUGGAUAUUGAUGACAUGAUGGGGAAGUGGGAGAAUAUGGGCAGCUUGGUGGUUUUGGAUCUAUCUAAGAUGGGUUUAAGAGGUGACAUUCCUUAUGGUUUAACCAAGUUGAAAAGAUUGAGGUUUCUUGGUCUGAACGACAACGAGUUAACCGGUACAGUCCCAUCAAAAGAGUUGGAGACUUUGCCUUAUCUUGGUGCUCUGUACAUCCACGGAAACAAUCUAACGGGAGAGCUUAGAUUCUCAACAAAGUUCUAUGAGAAGAUGGGGACAAGAUUUAAGGCUUCAAAGAAUCCGAAUCUUUGUCAGUACGAUAUCGUGUCAGAAUCUCGUAGCUACGUGCCUCCACUUGGUCUUAAGCCUUGCAGCAAGAUGAAGAAAACAGAGGGUGAUUUGGUAAUUCUACAAACGUUGAGAAACCUUAAGAAAGAGGAUUCAAGUUCAUCAAUGUCUUUGAUGAUUACAAGACGUGUGUUGUCAAAUGGGUUGACGUGGGAUUUGCUUUUGGAGCUUUCUCUUAUUGUAUUAUUGAUAUAAAUAUGUUUUUGUUUGUUCGAUGCUUUUGUAGUAUCGAUGUGUUGGUUGAUAGAUUUUGAUGUCAGUUAAUUAAGAAAAUCAAAUCCUUUUGGAUGUAACAAGAAGUCUGGUUUCUUCUGUGUCUUGAUAUAAAACACGCUGUGUAAUGUGUAUGUGUUGUAAUGUACUUGUUAAUGUAUGUAUGGUAAUUAUUUUUUU